GCCGCAACAAAGUAAAGUUACGAUUAUUUAGCCUAAAAUCGUUUACUGUUUUUUGUUAAUUCUAAUAUUGCUGUUAUUCUUUUGUUGUAAUAUCGUUUAUGAUUUGCAAUUAUGAAUUUGUCAGAAGACAAUACUUUUGGUAACGGACUCUUAUACGUCGGCUUUAACCAAGAUCAAGGUUGUUUCGCUUGCGGUACUGAAAACGGGUUUCGAGUGUUCAAUAGUGAUCCGUUGAAAGAAAAAGAAAGACAAAAUUUUGCAGAAGGUGGCUUAUCUUAUGUUGAAAUGUUAUUUAGAUGCAACUAUAUGGCUCUAGUCGGGGGCGGAAAAACACCCGUUUAUCCCCCUAAUAGAGUAAUUAUAUGGGAUGAUUUGAAAAAAGACUCUGCCAUAUCUCUGGAUUUUAAUAGCCCUGUGAAAGCUGUAAAACUGAGAAGGGAUCGUAUUGUAGUUGUUCUGGAAAACUUGAUAAAAGUUUAUACAUUCACUGCUCAGCCUCAGAUGUUGCAUGUUUUUGAAACUUCACAGAAUCCUCGUGGUCUCUGUGUGGUUUGUCCAAACAGUAACAAUGCUUUACUAGCAUAUCCGAGCCGUAAAACUGGACAUGUGCAAUUGGUCGAACUGACUAGCCAUGCUGGAACUAGUUCUGCUCCAGAAGGACAUUUGAUAGCAGCUCAUGAAGCUCCGCUAGGGUGCCUAUCCCUUAAUGUUGGAGGCACUCGGCUUGCUACAGCUUCUACUAAAGGCACUCUUAUUAGAGUAUUUGACACAUCAACUGGACAAAAACUAGCAGAACUAAGGAGAGGAGCACAUCAGCUGAUAUUAAGUAGUAUUAGAGUCCAAAUGUGAAGAUAGCUGGUGCAGCAGUUUAAAUUUCACACCAGCCAUCCUCUGGCCUGUCUUCACACAUCUUUUGGAGCACCCAUGUUGUCGAAGGAUUCUCUUUGCGAGUUUGUGGAACAUCUAUCUUCAUGUUAGAAUUAUAGUCACAGCUACAAUUUAUUGUAUUAACUUCAACCAUAGCAGCACUAAUCUGUGUGUUACUUCUGAUCAUGGAACAGUGCAUGUAUUUAGUCUUGAAGAUGAGAAACUGAAUAAACAAUCAAGCUUGGCAACAGUCAACUUUUUACCCAAAUAUUUUUCAAGCAACUGGAGUUUCUGCAAGUUCACCAUUCCAAAUGGUCCUCCUUGUAUCUGUGCGUUUGGAGUAGAUAAAAGCUCCAUUAUUGUAAUUUGUGCUGAUGGAUCUUAUUACAAAUACAAAUUCAAUGAAAAAGGCGAGUGCACCAGGGAUGUGUAUGCUCAGUUUCUAGAAACUUCCGAAGAUAGAUAAAUGUGAUGACUUCUCGACAAGUGAUUAAAAUUACAAGGAAAUUCGUUGACAAUUCUUGGACAUGCAAGUCCAAUAAAAUCUUAUAUACCCAGCCACCACUGCAUGGGGAGGGGCAGAAUUUCUCGCCCUAACUAUGUUGUAGUUUAUACACUAUCGAUAUUAGAUUUACCUACUCCCAAAUAUAGUAGACCCGCGGUAAUCCGAUCCCCGUCUAAUUCGGCGCCCCGCGUAAUCCGACACACUUAACACUGUUGAUUUGCACAUAAAAUCAAUUGAAAUAGAUUUUUAGAUUUGGAAUUUGUCGGAUUACAAGGUACUAUUAUUCCAAAAAUUCCGGCCUAUAGAGGUUGGUCUUAGACAGUACUCUAUAAUUCGACAAAUUCGAUAAUCCGACAUCGCCCUGCAAAACGUUUGUCGGAGUACCACCGGUCUACUGUCAUGCUAAAUUUUGUAUGAACUAUCAUUUUUAUGUAAACUAUUACUGUAAUUAGGGCGGGAUAGGAUAUCAAAUUUAGUACCUGUUUUUCUUUACACAAGUAAGUUACUUGAUUGUAAUUGUAUUCGAAAAUAGCUUUAAGUCAUUUGGCGUUUGCCCCGACAGACUGCACACUUGGUGUGAAUCCGCUUAAUGAUUUAAAGUGUGCUAUAUGACUUACAAACCCUUGACAUAACCCUAUCCCCUUGAGAGAUGUAUGUCUUAGACUAUGUUAGGACGCAGGUGUACUUUUUUUCAAAAAAAGGUGUAUACCUAUUUGUUAU